GUAGGCGAUGUCAUUUUUGUCUUUCGAGGAACUCCCUCGGCCUCGCGUGUUAACUGAGGUUGGAUGUUCAAUCGGUGGCCUGCUUCUUCUCAUGUUUUGAUUCUUAAGGUAGCAUGGAGCAUCUAGCACAGGAACGACAACAUCUUCUUGACCGUCUUCUAGACGCGGUCAAGCAGUGCCAGGUCCGGUUUGGUGGACGUACGGAGCUAGCUACAGAUAGUGACAGCCGUGUGUCUUGUCUGUGCGCUCAGUUAGAGGCCGUUCUGGUUCACGGUUUGAAACGGUCUACAAGUAAUCCGCUAAAUGCACUCAAGCAGAUGGCUGGACUAAGCGUGCCCAGUAUACCACUUAUAAAAACAGAGGUGGAGCAAGCAUUUUGGCCAGUCGUCCGUGAGAACCUCACCAAACAUGAACUCCAACGCUACGUGUCGCUGAAGCAUAUCACAACAGAUGCAGGGAGGGCAAGGGCGUGGCUACGAAGCACCUUAAAUGAACACUCAUUGGAGAGGUAUCUACAUACUGUGCUAGGCAUGCCAGGGAUGUUAAAGCAGUAUUAUGAUCCGUGGGCGUUUAUUCUUGAUGAGGAGCGAUCUAGCAUGAUCCCUACAAUGGCCAGGGGGCUCGGCUCCAUCCUCUUUGCCAUCAAUAUCGACAAGGAAGAACUCAACGGAAUCAAACAGGUGCCAUCGCUGAGUUCCUUUAUUCAGACACCUGAAGUAGUUCAUUCUAAUAGUAUGCGAGAUACAGACCUGGAACCUGUGUAUGUUAUUGGAACAGCAAGCUCAGGAGGAGUUAAAGAUAAAAAAGAGAAGAAAAAGAAGAAGAAGAAAAGCGCAAUCUCGAUCGUUUCCUUUAACGAUGAUGACUCGGGGAGUACUAUUGUUUGCGGCUCACCGCCUUCUCGUCUACAUGGAAGAUCUCGUAAAAACUCAUCAGGAAACUCUGACACGCACACGAACGAAGCAACUCUGCCCUCUAUUAUCAAGAAAACUCAGGACUUGAAUCCAAAUUCGGAUCAGUCAACAUCACACUCAAGUAACUCAGUGUGGUCACAGGUCACUGCAGGUCAAAGACCAGAUCAGCAAAGAACUGACCAAUCAGGAAUCUCAUCAUUUCAUAACUCACAGAGUACCACUGAGGCUGUACAAAAUCUCCCAGAGAAGAGGUUACCAGUUUACCCGAGUCAGGACGGACGAGGGGACAGAGAACUCCCAUAUAUCAUUGAAACAAACCAAAACUGGAAAGACAUUACCAACCUAAACCAGUCGGUUCCGGUCGAAACAGGUUCAAGCCAGAAUGCACCAGUACACAAUCAUACAGUUAUGCCAACCAGUGCAACUACCAUUCCAGAGCAACUGAACAAUGUUUACAGGCGUGACUCAUCUCAGGUACUUGCCACGUCGAUUCCUGCCACACCUCCGCCCACGCCUCACGACGCAUCAAUGAUAGCGCAAUAUGAGCAAAUGGUAAAGAACACAGUUGACGCAGAAAGUGUUGCUGACAAACUCCGCCAACAGGAAAGAUCUUCCAAAUCGGUCUCUGAAUCGAGCAGUUACGAUGUAGAAGUCAGGGAUUCGCCCCCAAAGGUUUUUGAAGUUCAAGAGGAGGGUGCGUUGUCGAGAAAGUUGACAGCCCAAGCGAGUUUUCACACCAUCGGAAGUGCAGAUGACGAGGUUGCUAUGUAUCCAGUAAAUGAUGACUCAGCUUCGCAGCAAGAUACGCAGUCUACCGAUUCCAGUAUGUUGGCCUUCGGUGCAGAGACUGAGAAUGCCGCUCUAGGAUUACUCCUUGCUCAGAAGAGCCUGAAGGACAGCUUAGAGAAUACAAUGCAGCCAGGGACUCCGGAAGAUACACUUGCUUCUUACCAUACCAUGUCAAGCGAUGAACUCAAACAAGCAGUGCUUGCUAUGAUGAACCGUAACGACGACCUGCAAGAGCAAAACAGGUCUCUAAGGAGUCUUCUAGACAGUGAGAUGGAACACUCCGGCAAUGUCAAAGGUCAACUCGAGGAGCUCCUGAUUAGUAGUCAAGAGACGGAGGAGAAGCUUCAAGCACAGAUUGGUGCUCUCUUAAGAGAGAAUGACGUCUUAAAACACCAACUGAAGAAGUACGUUGGAGCUGUUCAGAUGUUAAGGAGGGAUGGCCCACAAGCAAUCGAAGGUCUUCCAGGUAUACGUGUUGAAGAGCAACAGCCUGCGAUUCCUGACCCCAAACCUGGCUCACUCCAUAGUGACCAAGAGGCUGAAUAUGAGCGCAAGUUGAUCCAAGUAGCGGAGAUGCACGGUGAGCUGAUGGAGUUCAACGACUACCUGAGCAGACAACUUAAACAACGAGAUAACAUCAUCAAGAGGCUACGGGAUGAGCUGGUUGAUCUAAGAGGACCUCUACCCCAUGAUGAAAACAGUAUUCCUGGAGCAGAACUUACAGACACAGACUCGAUGCAAUCGAACCAAAGAGCCUUAGUGAACAUCUGGAUCCCUUCUGCUUUCCUUAGAGGCAAAGGCGGAGAUGCUUACCAUGUCUACCAGAUCUACGUCCGUAUCCGAGAUGAAGAGUGGAAUGUCUACAGGAGGUAUACAGAGUUUAGAGAACUUCAUCAUAAGAUGAGAAAGACCAAUGCAAUUAUCAACACCUUUGAGUUCCCUCCAAAGAAAGCUGUUGGAAAUAAGGAUUCCAAAUUUGUUGAAGGACGAAGGAAAAAACUACAGCAUUACAUUCGUUGUGUCCUCAAUUUCUGUGUAAGCAACACAGCUGAACUUGCUGACAACCCAUGUAAAGAAGUACUCCUUGGUAUUCUGCCGUUCUUCAUGGACGAACCUACCAGGAAACAGAGCAGAGCUCUUAAUCUCAACAAAUCCAACAAGCUGAUAGCAGGACGUAAACCGGUUCCCCCCACACCAACAUACGACGGAUUAUGAUGAGGUUCAACAAGGUCUUUAGAAAGACCUUUUUAGGAUGUCACAGACGCAAGUUUUCCAAUUUUGUCUGGCAACAGUACAGGUGGCCUUCUCUGCAAAAUAUAACAAAGUUUCAAUUCAGUUCAAUUAACAUUUAUUUUCCACUAGCACGAUAGUUGAGAUCAUUUAACACAAAUGCUAUCCAGUCACCCAUAUCACUGAUACAUCAAUUAUGCUACCCAAAACAAAUCACACAUAAUCUUCAUAAACAAUUUAUAAGUACAAAAUGUCAUUUGUGCCAAACCAGUUUUACAUUUGGUGAUACUAAAGGUCAUCCAUACAAAAUGGCGGUCAUAGUUUGUAAAGAACAAAAUGGUUUCUUUUAACCCAAUUCACCUGAUGCCAUUCGCACAGUAAUGUUUGUUGCACGAGUUUGGGAGUUAGUGUCUGUGUGUGACAUACAGUAGUUUGAAUGGUAGUCGCCGCAUCUUUACACGCCAACCUAUUGACUUUGGUGACCUUGGUGCGGUCUACAUUUGUGGCGAACAUUCAAGGACUUGAUAUCGUUAUAAUAUUUCUCUUGAGGAUCAUCUUGGAGUAAUUUUAAUUAUGAUGUUAAUUCACUACCAAUGCUACCUUACAUGAUGCAACUACAUCCAUUUAUAGGAGUUAUCAUAAAUUAAUAAGAAAAAUUUAAACAAAUUGCUUGAAGUAGAGUUUGCAAGGUAAAGUAUCAAACCACACAAUGCAACAACGAAAACAUUUAAUUUCAGGCUGAAAGAAAAUACAAACCAUUUAAAAUAUCUUUGAAAUUUUGUUUAACCAAAAACUUUUUUUUGGGUGGAUUACUUUGACUCUCCGUGAACCUAGGCUCACCCUGUAUUUUCGCUUGUAUUUUGCAAAUGUUGUACAUCUAAAACGUAUUACAUGAUUUUGCAUAUUAUAUUUUUGAGAAAUUAUUUGUCAAUUCUUUCUUUUGUUGUAAAAAAGGCAUAUAAAGAGUAUAAUAUAUAAUGUUUUGGUCAUGCUAUGUGUGAUUUUUAUGUGCAGCUUUAUCAUUAUCAAAAAACAGUCCAAGAGGUAUUAUUUUAAAGGCAGUGGACACUAUUGGUAAUUACUCAAAAUAAUUACUAGCAUAAAACCUUUCUUGGUGACA